AUGUUCCUUUUGCAGGACGGCUACUGCCACGUGGACAAUGUGACACUGGUGACAACUAUCAAGGACUGGGUCGAUGUCACCCCCAACAAUGAGAUCGCCCUUCGUCUGGCAAUCUUCAAGUACGGUCCGGUAUCGGUGGUGAUCGACGCUUCGCAAAAGAGUUUCAGCUUCUACUCUCACGGAGUAUACUUUGAACCAAAUUGCAAAAACAAAAUAUACCAAAUGAACCACGCAGUCUUGGUGGUAGGAUACGGCACCUUCAACGGACAGAGAUACUGGCUCGUUAAGAACUCCUGGUCGAACCGAUGGGGAAACGAUGGAUACGUGCUCAUGUCCUCCCGAGACAACAACUGCGGUGUGGAAAAUGCGCCCGCCUACGUACUCAUUUAG